AUGGACGCCGAGCACCAGUCGACCAACUUUAGAUGCGCUACGUGUGGCGAGGAAGGAAACUUCGGCUCGAGUUACCCGACCACUUCCUGCUCGCGAAUAGGAAGACGCGACUCUGCUUGUCCUUCAUGCGUCAAAAUUCAGGCUGUAGAUCGUCAAAUCGCCGAAACGCGUGCCUUUCUCGCGCAUUUGAAAGCACAUCGGGCUACCUUGCUGCGCAACAUCAACAAGGAUCACGACCCCUUCUUGGACAUCAUCCCGACCGAGCUCGCGUCCCGAAUCUUCACGUUCUGCAUGGAAGAUACUGUCCCAACCGCAGUCAACAAUCAUGUUCCUUUAACUCUGGCCGCCGUCUCGAGGCGAUGGCGGGCAAUAGCACAGUCGACGGCGGCGUUAUGGACACAGAUUCGUCUUGAACUCAACCACCUUCAUCAUCUCCCCGAAUGCGAGGACCUGCUCCGCCAGUGGCUUGAGCGCUCAGCGCAACUACCGCUUUCAAUCUUUCUCCACGCCUGGUUUUCCUCCUGCCUCGAUGAUGAUCGAUGGGGCAUUGUCUACUCCGUUGUCAAGAUUCUAAACGAACAUUCUUCCCGAUGGUGUCACCUCACCCUUCACGUCCCUUGUUUUAUAGUUGGCCAAUUCAAAAGCGGUCCCGAAGGUGCUCACAACCUUCGGGUGCUCUCGAUUAAACCUUCAUUCUUGUAUACCACUCACUCUGACACAUUGAAAAAGGGCUUUGAUGUUGGAACACCACUUCCUUCUCCAGAGACCGUCACAUUAGUAGGCUUCCAUUUGGCGGAUAUAAAGAUCAGGUGGGAGAACGUCACAAAUGUGUCUCUUUCGACCCUCAGCAUCCGCGAGUGCUUCCGCCUGUUUGAAAUGGCUCCCCGCCUCCUUGAGUGCACGCUGCACUACAUCAAUCCAAAUUCGACCCUCACGCCGAACCCGAUAUCGCCCAUCUUCCUUUAUCAACUUUCGAGGCUGGACAUCGACGCUCGAUUUACUGCGGAAGAUCUUUUCGACCACAUGGUCCUCCCGUCUUUGAACUCGUUGGUAUAUCGUGGAUGUGAACAACCCCUACACCCGCUGAUAUCCUGCAUCCGCCGAUCCGCCUGUCCAAUAACAACUCUAACCUUCAAUCAACACUACAUUGAAGAUAUCGGAACGGAUAUCUACAAGCUACUGUGGGCGGUGCCAGUCUCGAAAAACUAG